GCCCCCACCUCGCUCUCCUUUACGGGAAGUGAUGUGGGGCCAGACGGAAAAUACCCGCCAAGGACCCAAAAAAGGCCGGUAGCGGGUGGCUGCGGCGCACGCAGAGGCAGAACAGCGUGGAGACAGCAGGGACAGCGGGCCCAGCCAGGUAAAACGCUGAGUUCUUCAUUAUGUCUGAUGGAGACUAUGAUUACCUCAUCAAGUUUUUAGCUUUGGGCGACUCUGGAGUAGGGAAGACCAGUGUGCUUUACCAGUACACAGAUGGUAAAUUUAACUCCAAAUUUAUCACAACAGUGGGCAUUGAUUUCAGGGAAAAGAGAGUGGUGUACAGAGCCAAUGGGCCAGAUGGAGCCAUUGGCAGAGGCCAGAGAAUCCACUUGCAGUUAUGGGACACGGCAGGGCAGGAGAGGUUUCGGAGCUUGACAACGGCCUUCUUCAGAGAUGCUAUGGGGUUUCUUCUGCUUUUUGAUCUGACAAAUGAGCAAAGUUUCCUCAAUGUCAGAAACUGGAUAAGCCAGCUACAAAUGCAUGCAUAUUGUGAAAACCCAGACAUAGUGUUAUGUGGGAAUAAGAGUGACCUGGAAGACCAGAGAGUAGUGCGAGAGGAGGAAGCCAAAGGACUGGCAGAGAAAUACGGAAUCCCCUACUUUGAAACCAGUGCUGCCAAUGGAACAAACAUAAGCGAAGCAAUUGAGACGCUCUUGGAUCUGAUAAUGAAGCGAAUGGAACGUUGUGUGGACAAGUCCUGGAUUCCUGAGGGAGUGGUGCGAUCCAAUGGUCACGCCUCUACAGAUCAGCUAAGCGAAGGAAAGGAGAAGGGGACAUGUGGCUGUUGAAAAGUCAAGUGAGCUACACAAUAAUUCAGGUGGCCCUUGUCUGGAAUCUUCUCAAUGGGUGAUACAUGGCACAGAGAGAGAUUAACGGGCAUUGUGUACAAACUGCUACUCACCAUCCCAAUUAGACAUAUCAGUGAAGCAUCCAGCUUUAAAGUUAAUUUGCUGCAGCUUUGUAAAUAUUUCUUUAAGUCUCAGCCUGAGAGUUAGGAGAAAUGUCACUCAUAGCCAAGAGUGCCUUAUAAAACCUUAGCCCAUGGCAGUAGAUCAGUCAAGGAUUCAGGAUUUUUGUAGCCACAGCAGAGUGCAUUUAUUAUGAAGAAUGACUAAAGAUACUGUCACCUGCCUUACCAUAGAUAGGUCCAGUGCAUCACAUUCAAGGUCUUAGAUGCAAUUAUAAAACUAUCAGUCUUUAAUUCGAAUUUUAAAACCCUACGUGUACCACAGGCGACCUCCUAAAAGGCCAUCUAAAUCACUUGACUAUUAAACAAGAAUACACACAAACAUCGAUUCAGUGUCCUUGAGUGUUAAUUUAUGUAAGCUUUCUCUUUAAAAUGAAUGUUGGACGUAUUAUGGCCAUACCUAUAGACCUUGGAUAAACUGGAUUGACCAAUAAUAUAGUCACUGCGACCCCUGUUGGUAGGAAAGGGGUUGGGGGUGAGGGUAGGGGUGGCUUAAUGUAGUAUGAGCAACUGAAGUGGGGCUUCUGGCUCCCUGCUGUAUUCCCAGUGCUCUGAAGUUUUGAUUGAAGGGUCCAGGAACCAGGUUUUUAUGGCUUUAGUCCACUGUGAUCUGUGCAUUUUAUACUUGGCCUAUGUGCUGGCCACGUCUGAACAUAGCUGGUGCUUAUGCUGAAGUUAUUUGUAAUAAGUAAAUAUUUGGCUUCUUUUUCUUCCUAUUUAUAAUGUUGGUCUGGCAUCCUCACACUGCAGUUUCAAUUAGCACGUGGACUAAUCUCUCUUCACCAUCAGGCUCUGUAUCGUUGAUAUUUGCAACUUGUUUUAUUUCUACACCGGUGGCAUUGAAGGAAUUAGUUUUUAAUUAUGUAAAAUAUCUGUUUGCUAUUUGGUGGAAGAUAGCUGUUUGUAAUUAAGCAGUCACAUGUGUACUUUAGCUCAAUAUAAGAAAAAUGAAGUAUUCUAUAACCUGUAUUUUUCAUUGAGAUCAUGGGAUUUGCUAUCCUUGCUGGGUCUUGCCAAGGUCAUGUAUUCUUUUUGUUUUGUUUUGUUUUUUUUAAGAUUUUUAUUGGGGAAUUGGGGGGAUGGGAACAG